CUCAACAUAUCUCAAUAUAUCUCAAUCAAUCUGCGCCCAACAAGUACAAAAGUCUCUACGCUGGGUUAAUUUAAGGAUGCCCGAGACCUCUCGCACGGUCUCAGAAGAUUGGUUGGCGCUGUGCCCUUUUCCAGGGAACGUUGAAUAGACAUCUGCGGCAACAUAAUCCCCGGUCAUUUGAUCGACGGCGGAUCGACAUCACAAGGGCUCAAUCUCAUAUUACCUGCACAUUGACCUCGAGCAUGUCUCAAAGUCGUCCACAAAUUGUGUUUCUAAUAGACAACAUCAUGACAUUCUGAGCCAUUCAUUGCCGUGGAGAAUCACGGCUUUCAAACGGUCAAGUGGGAGAGCACGAGCAGGAGUCUCAAGUCUCCAGCAAUGGCUUUCUCCACCACCAGCGGCGUACUCCUUGGCGCGGGAGCAUUGUAUCUGGGAUUCUCUUAUAUCCUCCCGCGAGUUCGUGGUAGUGAUCAAGAAGCUUCCGACAAUGAUAAGAACGACCACUCAAUCCUCAAGAACAACACAUCAACACGAUCUUACACCACUCCCUACUCAAUUUACCCUUCCAUUCUAACCUUCUACCACCCACACGCACAUGCAGAGAAGCUGCAGGCCAUAGCUGACUUGCCAUUGCUGGUCUUCAUUCACGGAAUUGGUGGCUCAUUACCCCAGUUUGCACCACUAUUGGGAAGUUUGGUCAAUAUCGCGCCAUGUUUUGGCAUAGAAUUACCUGGCCACGGAUCCUCUGAGUUUGCACCUACUGAUUAUAAUGCCUACAAAGUUGAAGCAUUUGCGGCUUUAUGGCGAACUUGCAUCGAGGACAUCUGUACUCGACAUGGCCACCAAAAGGUUGUGCUUAUUGCACAUAGUAUGGGUUGUUCAAUCUCCACACUUCUGGCAACCGCCAAAGACUUCCCUUACCCGGUCGUUGGCCUGGUUGAUCUCUGCCCGAAAGCCACUCCUCUUAGCAAAUCUGAAACAAUAUCGGCUCGAAGAUUCUUGUCUCUACCAGAUACGAUUCUUGAUCUUCUGCGAAUGCUGGAUCGAAGAGGUGGUAUCAAUUCAAAGAGUGUCAAGAGAAUGGCCGGUGAAGCUGCUGGUGUUGACCUGCGACGCUUACAGCUAAACUUCAAUCGUCGUUACAGGACUCCAGUUUGGAAGCGAACCACCAUUGGCUGCCUACCCGUCUACGAUUCUGAUGGCAAAGCUACAGGAGGCCUGCCCGGUCAGGAGACGUGGUCUCGAAUCAAAUCCCCAAUGCUUGUGAUUGCUGGGGAAGCUGACACAGUUACCAAGCCUACUGAAGUUAACAAGAUUGUUGCCUUUUUACAACGAGCAAAUGAUUCUUCCGACAAACCUUCCUCGAGUGAAUCCGAGCCUUUUAUACCUGUUGCAGCACCCAGCACGUCUGAAACGCCCAAUAAAUCUUCACCCACACUAAACAAUACAUCCGCUACACCAUCCGAUGGCUCUCACCCUCCCUCGAACCAAACAUCCAAUGAUCCUCUGGCAGACGAUCGCCAAUUCGGCACACUCCCUUCAACACGCGAGAUUUCCAGCAUGAACUCAACCGUCAUCAAGACGGUAAUCCUUCCAGCGCCUGCCGCUCACGCGCUCAUGUAUGACCAUUCAACCUACCGCACUGUAGCUGGAUUAAUAGAAGACUUCCUUUCACGCUAUGUCUCAGCACAGCUAUCUCUAGGGUGGCAGCUCCAGCAACUGACGACAUCUGGCAAAUGGGACGUUAAGAACCUGGAGAAAUGGAAACGUGUGACACCUGUAUCUGGACCCAUCGGACCCAAUGGCAUGUUCCGCGCACUCAAGACACUACGCGAGCAAGACGAGGACCACACACCGUCGGUAUUCAUCUCCCAAUGGGCGGAUCGGAUAUUCGCUGUUGUCGAUAUCUCCCACGACAGUCCUGUAUAUGACACCAAAGCACUCGAACGUGGCGGCAUUCAGUACCACAAAUUUCCCACCGUGUCCAAAGUACCUCCAACACCAGUCGAGGUAGCCGACUUCAUCGCCUUAAUUGACCGUCUACGCGCCGAGCCAGGCCACGACGACAAAGCCAUCGGCGUCCAUUGUCAUUACGGAUAUAAUCGAACCGGUUUCUUCAUCGCCUGCUAUCUGAUCGAGAGACUGAACUACCGUCCUCAGGAUGCAGUGGAUGAAUUCGCCGCUGCUAAACCUCCUGGCAUUCGCCAUGAACAUUUCUUAGAUACUCUAUUCAUGCGCUAUCACGUCGGUUUGCAGAAGGCGCCGACGUUUCGGCCAGGCUAACUAAGUUAGCUAGCUGACCUCUGGUUGGACUCUACACACGUAGAGACUCGAACAUCAUUAAUGUAGAAAGAGGUCAUUUAUUGUUCAUACACGCUACGGUCUGUUCUUAAAGAACUCCCCCACCCCAAUCGGAGAUGACGUUUCGUUCGUCCUCUC